AUGCUUUUCAAAUCCACCUUCCUCGCAACUGCCACGGCUUUGUGCCUCUCCGCCACGGCUACAGCUCAGGGCGCCAGCACCAAUGCCCCCGUCGUCACAGACAAUGAUGAUGUCCUCUACUACGCCCAGCUCCAGCCCAAGGAUAACACCACAGUACGCGGGUCUGUAACCAUCUUCCCUAAGCCCGAUAGUGUGGGUGUCCUUGUUUCGGCGCAGUUCUGGGGCAUCCCCGACAAUGACCAGCAGUUGGUCUACCACAUCCACCAAAAGCCAGUCCCUCAGGACGGAAACUGCUACAGCACCGGUGCACACCUGGACCCUUACGGCCGGGGCGAUGCCACCCCCUGCGACAUCAACGCGCCACAGACCUGUCAAGUUGGCGACCUCAGUGGCAAGCAUGGACCGAUCUGGGCGCCCGACAACGAGGUAUUCUCCACCACGUAUACGGACUGGUUCCUUUCCAAUGUGGAGGGGGAGCCUGCCUUCUUUGGAAACCUCUCGUUGGUCGUGCAUGCAGCGGAUAACUCGCGCCUGGCGUGUGGAAACUUCGUGCAGCUGAAGUAA